ACAUGUGUUUAUUAAGAUUGUUAAGUAGCUUAUUUCUUGUGUGGAUGAACUCACCAGGGAUUACUCCAGUCCUCGCAUCAGAUCCGUUGAUUGUUGAGAUUCCGAAUGGAAGACUACGUGGAAGGGAUAAUGGCACAUACUACAGCUUCGAAUCGGUGCCCUACGCUGAACCUCCGAUCAACGAUCUUCGAUUCGAGCCACCACGUCCAUCUAGACUCCACUGGACGGAGACUUUUGAUGCCUCCCAGCCACCUGUGCCUUGCAUGCAGUGGAAUGAGUUUAUAGAUGGAACCAAUAAGUUAGUGGGUCAGGAGGAUUGCGAUCCUUGGGUUGUCCAAGAAGGGGCUCGAGGACGAGCCUUUGAACUUGGUCGCAUAGUGGACUGUGGACAUACUCGGGACUCCGCAGCCCUGAAGAUUUGCCUGAAAUCAAAGUCUGCCAAUGAAAUAGUAUCCGCUGUUAGCAACUUCUUUGUGUUUUCAUACGUACCCUUUUCCACUUUUGGCCCCGUCGUGGAACCGGCAGAUGCUCCUGAAGCGUUUCUUACCCAGCAUCCUAGAGAGAUAAUCAAGAGCGGCAAAUUCGCCCAAGUGCCCUGGGUUGUGUCCCACACCACCGAGGAUGGUGGCUACAAUGCAGCUAUGCUGUUGGGACAAAACAAAACCACUGGAGAGAUGUGGAUAGACAAACUAAAUGAAUGUUGGUUAGAUUUGGCCCCAUACUUUCUUUUCUAUCGAGACUCGAUGGAGACCAUUGCGGACAUAAAUGAAUACUCCUUGAAUCUACAAAAGCAUUACCUUGGAGAUCGACGGUUCAGUCUGGAAAGUUAUUGGGACGUGCAGCGGAUGUUUACAGAUAUCCUCUUCAAGAACAGUGUGUGGGAAUCAUUGGAUCUUCAUCGCAGAUAUGGAAAAAGCCCGCUGUACUCCUUUGUCUACGACAAUCCGGCGGACUCUGGAGUUGGACAGGUGCUGUCGAAUCGCACGGAUGUAUAUUUUGAUGGCGACGACUUCGUCCUUAUAUUCGACUUGGGUGCACUGCGAACUUCGAUUCGUCCUGAUGAGGAAGUUAUUUCAGGACAGUUUAUAAAGAUGCUGGAGGAUAUUUCUCUCGCCGAUGAUGGAGAAUUAAUAUUCGGCAAUUGCCAAUUUCAGAAUAAUGUCAAUAAUGAACAUUUUCACGUCCUCAGAAUAAUAAAACAUGUUUGUAUAAGCGACGAAUAUUAUCAGUUUCCCUAA